AGACGGGUCAUCCGAGCUUGCUUUUCAUGGUGGACUCCUACCCGCUCGACCCGAGCUGCCCGGUCUCGCCGCUCCUGCCGUACGUGCUCCGCUUCAACGCCUCAGCCGCCACGGGCUGGGUCGAGCAGGAGGCACACGCUCUCGAGGCCUCGCUCGAAGGCUCCCUGCCCGUGGCCAUCGCGCUGACUGUAGGGUCGUUGCUCCUCCUCCUCGCUGGAGAGCGACUCUCUCGUCUCGCCUUCUUCCUCUCCGCCGGAGUCGUCGCUUACCUCGCCACCCUCCUCGCCACCGACGCCGCCCUCUCCGGCCUCUCCCUCGCAUCCGCGGCGGCAAACUGCGUCGCGCUCUGCGCCGCGCCACUCUUGGUCGGCGUGGCGGUGGGCGGCCUGGCGCUGCGGCUCCUCACGCUGGCCUUUGCGUCCGUGGGCCUCUGCGCGGGCGGCGCACUCGGCUUCUGGAGCUACGAGCUCGGCUUGCACCGCGUCGCCACGGGCGUCGUGUUUCUCCAUCGCGACCUCACCUACUUUAUCUGCAUCGGCGUGGCCGGCCUGGUCGGCGCGGUGCUCCUCGCGCACCAGCAGAAGCCGCUCAUGGUCUUCGCCACCGCCGCGGCUGGCGCCGUGGGGCUCGUGCCUGGCCUUGCCCUCCUCGCCUUCUCGCGCAUCGACGCGCGCUUCCUGUGGGUGGUGGACCCGUCGGCGGCGAGCGAGCACCGCGGGUCGCCCUUCGUCUGGGGGCAGUGCCUCUCCACCCUUCUCUACUUUGCGGUCGGCGUGGCGGUGCAGCGGCGGCUUUCCGGCGCGGAGGGGCGGUCGUGCUGCGGCCGGCGGCGAGUGAGCGACGCGUCGUGGGUGGGCGGAGGAGGCCAGCUGCGCGUCGUGCUGAUGGACGGCCGCGUCACGACGGAGCAGGUUCUGUGAGCCGCCGUAGACGUAGCGGCCGGCAGCGGGGGUGGCGACGCCGCGCCGUCAUUGUGAUCGGUCACAGCCCGCCACCACCAUCGCCGCCAUGGCCACCGUGUUUCUUACACACACACACACACACACACACACAGCGCUCCACACUGUCAGUGAUUCACUGUAGACGCCCUCCCAGCUCCCACCUCAGCUCAACUAUUAGCGGUUUUGUUGAGAUGAGCCAGUUUAAUUUAUUUC